AUGCACAGUUAUGAUCACAGUACUCAGAGCCUGAGUGGCCGAAUCUGGAAUAAAGCCUUAAAGGAGAAGCCUGAAAAUGUAAAACUCCUAGAAGAAACCAGCAAAAACCAGAAAAGCAUGGAAAAAGGCUCUCAGAAGGCGGAAUCAAUGAAGAUACUGCACAGUCUUGCUAUUUCCUUGGCACCCGUGGCCCGAAACUAUAGGAGUCUGCUGGGAAUUCAGGAAGCGCAAGCCCAGAUUUCACUUGGGGAAACCUUGGACCCCAACCCCUGGAACCUAACGGGACCAGCAUCUCGUCUAAAGAUCCUUUGUCCCCUGGUCAGCCCAGGACCAGCUCGAUCGCCCGCAACCUGCCGCACGGAGGACGUAGAGCACUCACCCGGCACUCCCUUCCAAACGGAGCUUGGGACCCCAAAUGACUGGCCUUUUUUGGGUGCUUGGCGGUUUUUUCCGUCCGGCCCCACAUCACUUCCCGUGAAGGAGAGCGCAGUGGGGGCGGUCCCUGCGCGGCCUCCGCCUCCGCCUUCUGUCACCUGCCCGCAGGCCCCCCGCCACAGAAACGACCUCUUGCCUCGCCUGGCCCGGAACAGGUCUCCUUGCCCUGUUGAGGAAGGUGCGGGAACCACAGGGGGUGGUUUUCGUUUUGAGACCCAAAGUACCAUUCACAAAAAGGUCAAACUGCCCCAGGAUCCUGGCGAGGCGAGGCGUGCCCUGGUACCUACUAAGGUCUGUUCUAAAAGCCCUUUCUUGGCUGUGCAUCCUCGCUGGGGAGAGUCUGGGCACGGCCUGCCGGACGUUCCUGGAUAUGACAGCGAGAAAAAUAAGAAUUCCACAUCCGAGAGAAGCAAAAUGCCGGGAAGCCUGAGUUCAGCUUCUGUCCAUGCAGCUGUCUACUCGAGAGGCCUCCCCCACAAACUCCAGCAGUCCCGUUCCUGCCGGCCAGUCCACCCUCCUGUCUGCUGCUACUGGUACUGCAGGACAGUGCAGACAGUUUCUCAACUAUGUCCAAGGAGCUUUCUGAGGACGGCAGCUCCUGGAGCCACCCAUGCUUCUGCACAGCAGUGCAUGCUCAUAUUCCCAGCACUUGGGCACAGACAAGAGGAUGGGGAGCACAAGGUCACCCUUUGGCUCCAUGCCAGUUUGAGGACAGUCUGGAUACCAUAACAGGUCUCAGACAAACAAAAAGCAAAACCAAUCAACAAAAGCCUUAAAAAGGAACGUACAGGGAAUGAAGGGCAGAGGGUGGCAUGAGAGGACGCUAAACACCCUUCUAUUACAGCACGUUCCCACUGAGUUCUUUCCUGAUGUUUGCCUGUUUGUUCUGGCUCUUCGAGAUAGGCAGGCUGUUCUAGAGGUUACAGUUCUGUCUUCCCCUCCAACAUGCCAGGAUGACAGGCUUAUCCCACUAACCUAGCCAUGUUAGUCUUCUCAGUGUGGGUAAACUGGUAGCUUUUAAAAUGGCAAAAGGAUGGCAAGGGAUGGCAACCAUCUUGCAAGUCAUACAAAACUUUUUACUCCAAAAGAUACCUCAAGGGAAGUCAGACAUGAUUGUCUCAUUUUAAAUCUUAUCUAAAUAAUAAUAAAAUUUAUUAAUAAAUAAUAAUGACUUUUCAUUAUUUCUCUACAGUAGCCAUAAUUUUUAGCAAGCUUUAUGACAAAAAUUUCUAAGAGGCUAUAAAAAUGUAUUGAGCCAGGAGUGGUGGUACUUGCCUUUAAUUCCAGCACUAUUGAGGGGGCGGGGGGAACAGAGUUCUGUGAGUUUGAGGCCAGUCUGGUCUACAUAGUGA